AAUCAAUUUUUGAAUGAUUUUCACUGAAAACAACGCUUGCGAUAAGUUACGUAAAGCGAACUGUCACAACAUAAAUUUUCGUCGACUGAUUUUCACUGAAUUUCCAUCGAGAUCUUGGCUUUUUGAGCUCUUGCAAGAAUGGCUCUUUCAGACACUUUCGGAAAGCGGAGCACCAGCUGGUUGUACAGGCAAUAUUACGACAAACCCGAUGGCGAGGAUCUCAUGGGCAAGAUGAUUGCCACUAAUCGGUAUGCUGUUGUCGUUGGUUAUUGCUAUUCGACCAUCGAUUGCUUGUUGUUUUCCCAUACCAAAGGAUACAUGCAAACAAUUGGAAGAUUUGCCAAGUUUACGCUGCCAUUGAUGGGAAUUGCAUCUACAUUCACAGUUUUGACCUUUGCUUCGAACAGACUUCGUGAAAAGGAUGACACUUUUAACUACAUGGUUGGCGCUACCGCAGCAGGAGCCGUUGCCGGAGCUGCAAUGAAAAAUACCCAAGUUGGAUUUGCGUGCAUUAUUGCUUUUUGUGCUGCCGGAUGGGCCAAACGUUUGUCAUUGGAAGAAGGAUGGCUAUUUUUCCCUCCAAAAGAACACAAAAUCUAUGGCGAUUGGAGAGUUGCUGAUCGUGAUUGGUCCUUGAGAGAGGAAGGAGAACGUGGAUGGACUCGCUAAACUUCUCAGUUCGACACUUCUUGUUUUCCUGUAGCAAUGUAAAUAAAAAAGAUCGAUUUGAAAAUUAAAAGAAGAUCAAAAAAAAAAU